CACGCGACGGUUACGAUACACUCAUGCAACACAGAAACAGUCAUUCGGAUCAUAAUGUAGUUUCGUUAAACUGUUGUGUCUUUAUUUAGACAUUCAUGGAUCCUACAGUAUGACGAAACUCCACUUGCGUCCUAUGUUUUUAUCAAGCAGAACAGGUUUGCACGAACGCUAUGAGAUCAAGCGGCGCAGCUGUUUUCACAAGACAGAAGCCAUUUCCUCCGGAUCCCCCUUUGUCCAGGAGCCACUACAGUCCAUCUAGAUCCAAAAACAUCCCAAAGCAACAAAAAAGACUGGCCUUGAGUCCUGUCCGGUUUACUGAGCCACCCAGUCCUUCAGAUCCUCCCACUCAGGCGUCACCUUUGAGGACCGAGGACCAGGUCUGCCAUGAAAGGUCACGUAUUGUCCUGCUCUGCCCUCCUACUACUGAACGCCAGCUGAGCUACUCCGAGUCUUGGCCUUCUACUGACCUGAGUUGCUCUACAGACAACACUAACACUUCUGCCUGCUCUGAAGCUCAGAUGCAAGCCAUGAGAAGCACGACAAUUGAGGCAAAGGAACCCUCAGUUCUUGCAAAGUACAUUGAACGCUUCCGCUUCGGAAAGCCACAGAGUCGAGAAGAAAGACGCCUUCAGGCAACUGAGGGAGAAGAUGACCAGCCGUUUUGGUGGAUGCCCACAUCCCCUCCAUCCAGUUCAACACCAACACAACCAUCAGAGAAAUAUAUCAGAGAACCACUUGAUCUCAUGAACGAUGAGCCCGCCAGCACCCAGAGAACCAUCUCAAAGCCACUGCACGAUGAAACCACGCUGUCUCCAGCUAGACUCAUGCUUGACCUUAGCAUGCUGACAUUAUCUGAAUCAUCCCACUGUGAUCAAGAAGAACCAGAGAUACUGCAGCUACAGGAGCGGGCCAGCCGUUUACUGCAGAGGAGUGAGCAUUCACUCAGCAGUGGCUCCGUGCCUUUCAGUUCUGGAGGUCUGGGCUGCUCUGAUUUCUCUUCCCCCGUAAGCACUGAUGAGCCGGUCCGAAGACCAGUCGUGUCCACCUUAAUGGGCUCAACCAACAUGGUUCUAGAGCCCGGUAUGUGCGAGGGAACGUCUUUUCCUCCUCUUGCGGUUGGUUCUGAGGGGUCAGGUGUCCAUCGUGAAGAUGACAUCCUGUUUCAGUGGCGACUAAGAAGGAAGAUGGAACAGGCCAGACAAUGGUGUCAGGAGGCCCCUUCCCACAAUUCUGUUCUCCAUAUACCUCUAUCACACAGUGUCGGACCAAACCAGAAGGCACACUAUAGCACUUUAAACCGCACACCUCAUCAGAGAACAAACCUCUCAUUCACACCGUUCACCCUCGCUAGCCUCGAUCCUCCAGUCCCUGAGUCUCCUCUCCCUAUGUCAAGCCCCAGCAUCUCCAGACUCCGGCCCGAUGUCACCCACGAGCAACCAGACCCCGAUAUCCAACCCAAACCCCUUCCCCAGCAGAGACUGUCCUCCAGGAAAGCUGUCACAAAGAAUCUGGAAACCCCUUGUGCCCAACCACAACAUCGCAAGCCAAUCAGAACACAAGUCAGCAUCCCAGAGACCACAGCAGAUCACCGCAGAACACAGAGGUCCUCUUCUCCAUCUCCACAGACUUCUGAUAGCACAGAGGAGCGGUGGCCAGCCCCUCAUCGUAAGAAAGACACAACAGGCAAAGAAAAGACUGAAAAUGAGAGACAGGAGAAGAAGAUUGCACCUUUACGCCAAAAGAAAAAAUCUGAACGACAUGGUGGCGAGCGAGGGAGCAGUGCAAUGAGGGUCAGGUAUGCCAGGGGUCAUGAAGAGGUCAGUCGCAAACCUGAGGAGUUGAGUGGAAACAGUAGGUGGCAGGAAGAGGGUCAAAGGUCGACACGAGGAGGACGGUCUGGAAAUCAAGCACCACCACCCUCACCUAUACACAAUGCUCUGGGACAGGUUGUCUCUGAGGUGCUUUUUGCUGGUACAGACUCACCAAGCCAGUGCAAGACUCCAAGUUCUUCAGAUUCCCCAGUAUAUACCCCACAUUCACCCCCACAAUCCCCUGUGGCCUCUUGUUCCGGUGUGCAGCAACCCUUGGAGGUCAUAGGUCAGCUCAUGCAGGAUGCAGAAGACUCAGAUGGGCAGGAGUUUGAAGACGAUCCUUUGUUACAAGUCCUCAGACAGCAGAGGAAAUGGGUGAAGGAACAACUUUGUGAGGUUGAUAAGAUGCUCCAGCAGCUAUGAAGCACCUGUUAUGAUGCGAUACAUUUCACAUUAUAAUGUUUAUUUUUGCUACUAUUUAUUU